AAGGAAGGGAAGGGAAAGGAAGGGAAGGAAGGGAAAGGAAGGGAAGGGAAGGAGGGACGGAGGGAGGCGGCGCCAGGGGCCGGCGGGGCCCGGAGUCACCGUGUCACGGCGCCCGGGAAGCCGCCGCCGCCGGAUCCGCCCCCCGCAGGGCGAGCGAGGGAGGGAGAGAGGAAGAGGAGGAGGAGGAGGAGGAGGAGGAGGAGGAGGAGGGGGAGGAGGGGGCCGGCUGCUCGCCGCCUCUCAUCUUUUGGCCUCCUUUCGGCCCCUCUCCUCUCGCACCGGGGCUCCGUGCGUGCAGCAGCGGCAGCAGCAGCGGCAGCGGCGGGGGGUGGCCAGGCCGCAGCGGCGCUCCGAGCAGCCCCGCCACGGGCCCGGGCUGGCCGCCUCCGGACUAGGAUGUCCCGGCAUGAAGGUCAGAUUUGGUCUUCCCCCAUCACUUCUGCCAUGUCCUGGUGCCAGAUUCUUUUUGGGAGGCAAUGUUUCUUGUCUUGACUGACAAGAGGUGCUGUCUCUGGUGUCAGCUGUGAUGCAUGUUUAAAAGGAAAUUUCCGAGGUCGACGAUACAAGUGUUUAAUUUGCUACGAUUACGAUCUGUGUGCAACUUGUUAUGAAAGUGGUGCAACAACAACAAGGCAUACAACUGACCAUCCAAUGCAGUGCAUACUAACAAGAGUAGAUUUUGAUUUGUACUAUGGUGGAGAAGCUUUUUCUGUAGAGCAGCCACAGUCAUUUACUUGUCCCUAUUGCGGAAAAAUGGGUUAUACGGAAACAUCUCUUCAAGAACAUGUUACUUCUGAGCAUGCAGAAACAUCAACAGAAGUGAUUUGUCCAAUCUGUGCAGCAUUACCUGGAGGGGAUCCCAAUCAUGUCACAGAUGACUUUGCAGCUCAUCUUACACUGGAACACAGAGCUCCUAGAGAUUUAGAUGAAUCCAGUGGUGUUCGGCAUGUACGUCGAAUGUUUCACCCAGGCCGGGGUUUGGGAGGACCCCGUGCGCGUAGAUCAAACAUGCACUUUACUAGCAGUUCCACUGGUGGGCUUUCAUCUUCUCAGAGUUCAUAUUCUCCAAGCAAUAGAGAAGCCAUGGAUCCUAUAGCUGAGCUUUUAUCUCAGUUGUCAGGCGUGAGGCGCUCUGCAGGAGGACAGCUCAAUUCCUCUGGCCCUUCUGCUUCUCAGUUACAGCAGCUGCAGAUGCAACUGCAGUUGGAACGACAACAUGCACAGGCAGCGAGACAACAACUGGAGACUGCACGCAAUGCAACUAGGCGUACCAACACGAUCAAUGUCAACACCACUAUUACACAACCUACAACAACCACCAACACAUCUAACACAGAAAACAGUCAGCAGACUAUCCAGAAUUCCCAGUUUCUUCUUACAAGGUUGAACGAUCCGAAGAUGUCAGAAGCAGAGCGUCAGUCAAUGGAAAGAGAACGGGCAGACUGCAGCCUGUUUGUUCAAGAGCUUCUACUGUCCACUUUGAUGCAGGAAGAAAGUUCCUCCUCAGACGAGGAUGAGCGGGGGGAAAUUGCCGAUUUUGGUGCUAUGGGCUGUGUAGAUAUUAUGCCUCUAGAUGUUGCUUUAGAAAACCUAAAUUUAAAAGAGAGUAAUAAAGGAAACGAGCCUCCUCCACCUCCUCUUUGAUGACAUCCCACUUUGCAGACAAUGUCCUCUGUGCUGUAUUUGCCAAUGAAAGUGGACAACAACUAUCUUGGGUUUGUUUUGGUGAUUGUAAUUUCAGGUCUGUCACUCUUGUUACAUUGUGUACAUUCAAAAGAAAGAGAGAAAAGAUAUAUAUGAUAAUCAUUUCCACUUAACUAAUUUUUACUUCUAGCAGGUAAAUGUAGGUUGCAGUGCAGAGCAAAAAGCUCUGUGCCCUGUACCUUGACAUGCAAAAGGCUCUCCUAAUACUCCACAUUCAAACUGAAGAGAAAAAAAAAAAAAGAAAAAUCUCUAAUGAAGCUGCUGUGUGUAUUUAUGAAUAUUAAUGAAUAAAAACUGCUUGGAUGGUUUACCUUAACUACUGCAUGACGUUUUUUGCAGCGUGCAUGAGUUUUAGUGACCUUGUCAUUUAAAAAUUUAAAUACAAGGAGCAGAACUAUAAAACCCAAAGCUUUCCCAUUAUUCAAAGGUUACGUAACGAAAAGGUUAGUGCAGUUUGUGGCCACAAAGUAGCUUUUGAAUAAUAUGUGACAGAAUGACACCUGUAUGUGCUGUUCCUGCACACGAUGGAAACUGCAGUGGGUUUAUAUUGUCGUGACCAGGGUGUGGCAUUUUGCUAUAUGUGAUCAUUAUGUUGCCCUGUUAUUCAUCACAUCAAUGUGGAGUUGAACUUCAUUUUAUGCAUCUGUAGGAGACACAACAAUAAGACCACUGCUGGAAGCUACUGCAAGGGGCUUUUGUGUGCCCUGAAAUCAAAUGAUGUUCACUUUUGUUUAAAGUUUUUCUUUUUUGUGGUUGUUAAUUUUUUUUUUAAUUGUUAAACAUGUUUUAUUCAGGUGUAGAUGAUUCAUAUAUUCGCUGUGUUUAAAAAAAAAAAAAGUUAACCUGGAUCAUGUUGUCUUAGUUUAAAAAGCCUUUCACAGCCUCAAUCAUAUUUUGAGUUAUUUAUGUAUUUGCUUAAUAGUUUGCAGAGACAUGUUAGUAUCAGGAGAGCUUGAGGAUUUGGAUCCCCAGAUUGUCAUUAUAUUACAACUGAAUUCUUAAUGCUAACUUUAGCACCUUCUAUUUAUUGUUCUUUUUUGGUUAUUUUUGCUGGUAUAAAAAAAGUUCUAAAAGUCUUUUAGUUGAAUCGUGACACCUACAUGCCUAUAUUGCUAGCCCUAGUGAUGUAAAAAAAAAAAAAAGUGCACUGUUCUUGUGCAUAUAUGUUCAUAAUAGCCCAAGGACAAGGACAGAAGAGGUGUGUUUGGUUUUGGCUUUCUUUCCUUUUUUGUUCUGUGGUUGGUUAUUUUUUUUUUUGAAUGUAAAGUUAGAUUAUAAAAACAAAAGUGCACACAGCUUCUGAUUUAAAAAUAAUAAUAAUAAUAAUUAUUAAACUAGGCUUAUAACAUAAUGGUGUCUUUCCAGAUCUUUCUCACCUCACCCCCUCUCUCUUUCUCUGUAUCCUUCCAUCUCUGCAGCAUUGCUAGCAUUGUAGAGUAAAUUUACAGACUUGAACACCAGGUGGUGUUCUCAGCAGAACUGUGACGUGUAUGCUAAUCCAAAAUAACAGCAGCAAAAGAAGCAACCCUAUAGACUGAGGUUUAAAGUUCCAUCCUUUUUUUUUUUUAUAUAUAAUAAUAAAAUCCUCAAAUCCUGAUUGUUUCCACAUAGAGCAGUACUAGCUUUGUUUUCUUUCAGUCUCUGCAACAGAAAAUGUUCUAAGGGAAAAUUUACAUGAGGCCUCUGGUUAUCCUUAGAGUUACCCCGAGUAGGGACUUUUUUUUAUUUUAUUGAUUGUUGAGGAUUUUCAAAAGUUUUUCAAGUUGUAGUCUUUUCAAACACAUCUUCUGCACAUUACAAUAAGACACACGGUUCAAUAAAGCAUUUUCAAGACUGUU